UUCAACACAGCUUUAAGGAGGAAAGUGAGUGAUACCGGGUUACGUGCAUGCUGUUUGUUGACCAUUGGCACCGUCACUUACAGGAAGGAUGGAUGCAGUGAGUGAUGGGUCGGACCCCUCCUCCUAUUACCUGGCCCUGUACGGCCUUAUUUCCUUCUUGCUCGUCAUGCUGAUCGUCAUGCUCCUGUAUGUGGCCUGCUCCAAGAAGUACAGGCUUAACUGGUUCGAGAAGAACCUCCUGGAAACCGCAGAGACCACGGAGAUGAGACACAGCCAGGAGGCGCUGGUGGGUGUGGGUGGGGUGGGAACUAAUGAGGAGUCUCAACCCGGCAGCAGCAGAACCCUUAACCGCUCUCCAAGCGGAGACGACAAGUUCUGGGUACCUCCCAACCUCAAGCGACAAGCCAGCGUUUGCCACAGCGAAAAUGCGGACACUUCAGGAGACGAUUCUGUACCAGGCACACCAAACACUCCUCUUGGAUACGCGGUAACUUCUCCGUUCACACAGCAGCAACCGCCCCAAACAGAACAGACGAACAGCAGUGGGACUUCCGCUGGAGCCCUCGCGGCUGCUAUAGGUGGAGCGCCCCUUGCUCUGCCCCUGGCGCGUAGCGACAAAUAUGUCGUUCUCUCCACAACCAACCCUACGCGUCCUCGUGUCUCCUCUAUGCACACAAAGCUGGAUCAUACCAAGAUAGACACGUCGCUCUACCAGAAGGCCCCGCCGUCACGAACACCCAGCUUGCCAGAAGACCUGCGUGGCUCCAUCCAACUGACGCUGACCUACGAUGCUGCCGCUGGUAUCCUCACAGUUAGACUGAUAGAGGCACAUGAUCUGCAGGCACGAGAUUUUAGUGGUACAGCUGACCCUUAUGCCAAGAUCCGACUCUUACCUGACAGAAGUAACGUCUGGCAAACUCGCAUCCAUAAGAGAACCCUCAAUCCAGUGUUUGAUGAAGACUUUGUGUUCGAGGUACAACCUGCAACCUUAGGUCGCCGUACUCUAGAAGUCAUCCUGUAUGAUUUUGAUGCUUAUUCGCGACACCACAGCAUUGGUGGGGUCAAACUUCCUCUAGCCCAUUUUGAUUCCUCCGAGAAAGUUACCUUGUGGAAGGGGCUGGGCCCCUGCUCUGAACAGGAUGCUAGGGCUGAGCUUGGUGAUCUGAUGGUGUCAUUGGGCUACUUACCAUCAGCUGAGCGCCUCACUGUAGUAGUUAUUAAAGCACGUAACCUGCGUGUCGUUGAUGACACACGCACUUCCUCAGAUCCAUUUGUGAAGGUGGCAUUAAUGCAGGGAGGAAAACGUGUGAAGAAGAAAAAGACGGGAGUUCAUCGCAACACAUUGUGUCCUGUGUUCAAUGAGGCACUAACAUUUGAUGUGAAUCGUGAAGCUCUGAGACGGAGUACAAUCGAGUUUUGUGUGAUGCAUGAUAGUCUUUUGGGCCCCAGUGAACUGUUGGGGCGUGCUGUUGUUGGCCCUGGUUCUGAAUGCCGUCCCCAAGAGAGAGACUUCUUCCAUGAAGUUCUCACCAGCAAAACAGCCACUGCUCAGUGGUUGCCAUUAUCAGAACCACAGUGAAGAUAUCUGCCAAAAUUUUUCAAAAUCAUUCUUUGGCAUAGGAGUUCCUAUCUGAAUGAUGAUGCUGUAUUGUGAAGUGGACAAGUCAAACAUACUCUUUACAUUUCAUAAUACUAACUUAUACUAUGCUAUCCUAUCCCAGGCACUACAUGUCAACUUGCGUUCUGAACUCAUGUCAUUCAAAAUCAACUCAGAUCAUAAAAAAUUAAAGAAUUUUGUUCCUGUGGAAGUACUAGGAUUAUUUAUUCAAAAUAAAACACUAGCUAUCUGUGUCAUUAAGUAGUCUUGGGGUAUGAUGUCUAGCAAAAUUCAUUGGAGUCUGUAUUUCUGCUGGUAUUAAAAGAACAGAACUUUGCAUGUGGGAAUAUCAGGUCUCCAGCACAGUUUGAAGUCUGUGUUAAAAGUGCUGAAUUGGAGAACAGUAACUAGACCAUCAUUAACAUGGAAGGCUGGAACCAUUGGUAUACUACACAAACCAAAGAAAAAUUAUAUUUACAGUAUUUAUUACA